CUAAUCAUAGCAAAACUUUAGGAACAGGGAGAAAAGUAUGUACCUUCACGAGAAAGGUACCCAUUUCACUACCUAGACUAAAUAAAAAAUACAUCUAGUAGUUUUGUAUCAAUGUAAAAAGUAUUUUAACACAGAGAUAAACUGGAUUAUGAUAAUAAUAGCUUCACAUAGUAGCGCACUGACUGGAACAUUGCCCUGCAUUGCAAUAUAAUGUAGUGCUUGCAUUUUGUUGAUGUGCUAUUCUGGUCAGAAUUACAAUCUUGUUUCGGAAAUACAACGAAGUUUUUUAUGCAGCAAUUUGAAUCGUACAAUUUCAGAAGAGAUAAAUCAUACUAGUAGUAGAUACCUCGUUUUAUCUCAAAUAAACUAUUAUGCAUGUUAUAAGCUGUGGACAGUAAUCUCCGAAGGGGUACUCAGAGGUGACUCGCAAGCGACCCACCCGUUUUUUCGGUGUACAUUUGUAUACUCAAAUGAUAGGUCGCGAGCAGUAUCGCAGUUUUAGAAUGUGUACAAUGUACUUAGAGUACACAUCUCUAGGAUCUACAUGUGCACUGCAUUGUGCAGGUGUCCUCACGAUGUUUUCCUUCACCGUAGUACCACUUUUUAUCAGUGAACUUAAAUUCAUUAAUUGAAAAGAUUGAAUUUGGUUCGGGCGUGUGCCCGGAUUCGAACCACAACCUCUAGAAUGAGAGGCAUAGAGCUAAUCCGUUAUGCUACCAUAGGUCAAAUACACUGUACUGGCACAUAAUCAGAAAUAGGUAAGUACAUCAUUUUUAUUACAAACAUGAUUAUUUUAUAAAAUUAAUUAUAUCCAAUCACAAGCAAAUCCAAAUGAACUACUAGUGUUGACUAAAUAUCGUAUUACAAUUUAAAAGAAACUUAAUCAGAGUCAUCAUUUCAUUUCCCAUAAUUUUGGUAAAAUGCUAACUUGCAGUAUACAUGAUCAACUUUUCUUUGUGUGAGUGAAAAUAAUCAUAUCGAUCGAUUGAUUUAAAUUUGACGGAAAUCAAAAGAAAAAUUAUAUUUCAUCAGCGAAGUGCACAGUGAUCGGUGCUCGACGUCUUCCCUCUCCAUUACCUACCAGUUACGAGAAAAAAUGUCUGACGGUGAGGGAUUUUAUUCUUCCGAGGAAGAACUGCCACGGCGUCGUCCCGUGAAGCCUGCAGCGCUGAGCGCCGCGCCGAGCACGUCUACUGCUCCCGCCCCAACUCCAUCCGGCUCAAGGAAGCGGAAGACUAAAGCUUCCGAAUCCGCUUCCGAAAGUAGAGCAGCAAUCAAUAAGGGCAAACAAAAAAUUGACCUGGCGACAUACAAUCGUCGCAAAGCAACUGUGGCGGCGCUGUUCGGUGGGUCGGAUGACGAGGCGGAGGCUGCAGCGGCACUGAACAACCCGAUUCAAGAGCUGGAGAGCAGCUUAACCCGAAAAGUUGGGGAUGGGUCGUUGCGGCGAACCGCAAAAUUAGACGGAAGCCUGUUCUGCGAACUUCGUGUUUACGAAGUUCGCGAUAUUAAAAACAUAUCCCCACGGGACCGGUGGACCAAAGCGUACACCAGUCUUAAGUAUCAAUUCGAUUAUGAUAGUCCGGAAUGGACUAACAUAAUUGAUUUCAUUCGGGUUGCGAAGACCCGAUUUACACAGGAGCCAAUAUACUAUCCGAAUAAGAAGUAAAUCUUAGUUGGAUAGUAUAUGUUUCAGAAAAUCGAAUUAAAGUUAAUCGUCUUUAAAAAUAAAAACUACAAAAUAUGUUUAAAUUAUUAAAUAUUGUUCGUUGCUAAUUUAUUUAAUUUAAAUAUUAAUUAAAUUUUACCUUACAUAUUUUACAGAUACCUAAUAUUUUUUAUCGAUGAUUAACUUUAUUUAGGCUUUCUGAAACCGGCACCUAACUAGGUUAUAGCGGUAUACCAAAUACCUUAUUUUUAACUACUUUAUCUUACUGAAAAUAUAUAAUAAAAUAUAAUAUAACUUAA